AUGGGUUUUUAUAGAGACAUAUGGAUAUAUAAAGAGGUUUUUCUUAGGGUUUGGAAAUUGGAGAAAAUGGGAAAGACAUUUGAGUUUUGGUAUUCAAUGAUUAAUGUUCAAAAAGGUCAGGCCCAAUGGGCCCAAUUAUUAGGUGAGGGUUCAGAAAAGAUAAGCCCGAUGGGUGAUAAACAAGCAGAUAAUUCGUUUAAUGCUACAAUUAUAUGGAGGUGCGGGGAAUCGAACCCCGUGCCUCUCGCAUGCGAAGCGAGCGCUCUACCAUAUGAGCUACACCCCCGUUUUUAA